AUGUACGAAGGUAUUGACAACCUGAAGUCCCUUUACGACCGUGCCGGGAAGACUUUCUUUGGCGGUCCUUCUGCGGCACAGGAUGUGCCGCGUCGUACUGCUCAACCAGACCCAGUACGUCAACCAUCAGUUGGGAGCGGGGCUCCCAAGUAUCCCAGGACGGAGGAUAGCCGCGCCACCGGACGAGAUAACUCGUCCGACGUCCGUUCACGUCGCGGUGGUUCAACAGCUGCUCAACCAGAUAGCGCUGGCCACCGCGAGAGUCCUCUAAUGGAGGUGGAGGAGGAGGGAAGACGCUCUCCACACAAUCGUGGGGAUCCGUGUGUUCCCGAGAGCUUCUUUGAUCGCGUAACGCAAGGGUUACGCGGCGAUCUCGAACAUGAGCGGAAUAGGCGUCUUCAACUGGCGGACACUGUCUUGAAGCAUCGAGCUGAGUUUGCCUUUGCUCAGCUCGAGAUCAAAAGAGCUCUGACAUCUCUUCGUGACGAGCUAAGGGUAGCUCGUGGGAUUGUUGAUCGGUCUCGGGAUGAGAUAGCUGCUCUUCAGACCCUUGUUGAUGCCCACCAUCGGGAGCACAAGGCUCUCUGCGAGAUGCUUGAGCGCAAGGGCGUUCUUCAUCGGAAGAAGCAGCGUACUGAUGGUACGACUUAA